CCAAGAUGGCCGCCCCAAUUCUCAUCAGCGCCAACAGGCAGCAGCGUUCGACGAGGCGUCUACUCUUUAUAUGUCUAUGGUGUUGUUCAUACUCCGGAGCAGAGGAUGGCGGUCGCGCAUUACUAAGAUGGCCGCCGUGAAACAAGUAAAGAGGGAGGUCUGACCCUAGACAUAAUAUACGGGUCUGACGCUUCUGUUUGCGCAGGCAGCGCGAGCUAGCUAGCUAUCAGCUAACAUCGCAUGUAAGAAAACGUUAAGCAGAAUCAGACAGAGAAGAGGAGUCCCCUUCACUUUAGCACAAGGCAUUAACUGACAUAAACUUCCCCCGUCCUUCAAACACAGACAUUGUUUUGCCACCUGCUUCAUUCUUGUCUUGAGACAUUUGAAGCCGGAGAGCAGCUCCUCUUUGUGACGUCAUGUCUCAGAAGCCGCAGUCAGAUGCUCAGAAACACUUUGCCGUGGGUCGGGGGCUCCUCGCCGCCGCAGAGACCUUGAACUUCAGCAUGAAUGAACAGCGAUCCAGCCGGCAGAUGGGGGGUGUGUCCUCAAGUGUGGGGGUGGGUGGUGGUGGUGGCAUGGAGGGUCAGGAUGGGGCCUCCCAGAUGUCCCGGCGUGGCAGCGGCAAUCUUGGCAGCACCAUGAAGCUUUUUGCCAGUUUGGGGCUGUCGCCCUCUGACCUGGAUGCUCUGGCAGAGAUCCCUGAAGAAGACAUCAGCGUGGAUACGCUGCCGCACAUCAUCAGGCAGCUCAAGAGCCGCAAGGGAGACACGGGAGAGCGGCGGUUGGCAUCCUCCAUGUCCUCUGAAGCUGCGUACCGAGGUGGAAGGGACAGCUGGGAUGACAUGCCUGUAGGCAGGAUGGGCGGUCCUUCUCUGGGUCAGGGUUCGGCCCGGGGUCAGCCCUCUGCAGACUUUGGGUUAAGUUCUAUGCAGCACGUCUCUUCCAGCGGGGGAUAUGGUUUAAAUUACAACAGCGGCAGCAGUGGCAGAGGAGGCAGAGAGAGGCCGUACUCUGAGCUCUCCCACCAUGACUCCUACAGCGGGCUGAGCAUGGGGCCGCCCACCUCCGACACCGUCUUUAUGCAGAGGAAGAUGGGUUCCCCAUCCAACGGAAAAGUCCAAGACUUCUUGGGAGUCAUGCCCUCCAUGUUCCCCCACGUGUGCUCUCUUUGUGACUUUGAUGUUCACUCCACCAUGGAGUGGAACCAACACCUAAAUGGACUUAAGCAUGCUGAGAACAGACGGCUACUGCUCAACAUGUAUCCAGAGUGGGAGCCUGGGAUGUCCUCAGGCAGAGGUGGAGGUCUUCUGGACACCCCCAACCUGUCUGCCGGGCUGCUGGGACCAGCCCCCUUGUCUUCAGUCCAGACAUCAGGUGGGAUGUCCUCCAGCUGGGUUGGAGGUCCUGGUCUGUCAGGAAAGAACCAGUCUGGACAUAAUCAGAUGAGGAGCAGAGUGGUGGUGGUGAAGUAUGACAGAAAGCCCCUGAGCAACAAGACUCUGUUCGCCUUUACUGAGCCGUUUGGCUGCCUUAGAGAGCACCUGGUCCUCAAGAACAAGGCCUUCCUAGAGAUGAACAGUCACGAGGAAGCUCUGGACAUGGUCACCUACUACGAGCAGCACCCAGCAUCUCUGUACAGCAAACCACUCACCUUCUACCUGUCCAAGAGACUGCUAGUCAUCGAGAAAGAUGAUCGGUUGACAGACAGGCCGAUGGACAGAUCAAUGGACAGACCUGUCAAAGGUCAAGGCAGCCAGGUGGUUUUCUUCUCCAACCUGCCCAGAGAAGAAGAGAAGAAGAAGGAGCUGCUGACCAUUGCUGGACGCUUCGGCAUCGUGGAGAAACACCUCUUCUUAACAGACCAGGCGUUCGUCCAGCUGGGGACUCCAGAGGAUGCUGAGAUGCUGGUAAAGUAUUACAGUGUGAACCCGCUCAACAUCAAAGGACGACCGAUCCGCCUCAACAUCUGCACAAAGUACAAGACCUUGAAUGUGAACCGCAGACAGGCCGGUGCUGCUGGAGACAGUCGAGCCUCCAGGAAUCGGGGAGCGAACACAACCUCCUCCUCCUCCGGCUCUGGAGCCAGGACCUUCUCCAGCUCCGUCAGAGCCUCCUCGUCCAAAUCCUCGUCUGGCUCCAGGAGCAGAGAGGAGAAGAAGAAGGAGGAGGAGAUCAAAGUAAAGCCUGCAGUGGAGGAGGAGGAGGAGGAGGAGGAGGUCUCAGGAGUGAUGGAGGGGGAGGACAGAGGAGAGGAGGUGGGGGAGGAGCAGGGAGAUGACAGAGAUGCAGAAGCGGGGGGGGCAGAGAGAGCAGAGUCUAUGAAGGAGAUGGUGGAGUCUGAGGACAUCACGCAGGCGGAGGUUCCUCAUGAUGAUGUCACUGACAACAUUCCUGGAGCUGUGGGUGGGGCAGAUGAUGGGGUCAUGGAGGGGGCGGAGUCAGAGGGACAAACAGAACCGACAGAGACUGAACAACAUGAGAAAAAAGAAGAACCGAACGCAGAACCAGGAGAGAGUUCAGAGGCUGUGGAGGGAGAUCCGCCUGCAGACGAGUUUGAUCAGGACUUCCUGGAGAACAUGGAGGACUUUGUAACGCUGGACGAACUGGCUGAGGACGAGGAUGAAGCAGGUGGACAGUCGGACAUCAUCGACAACACCAGGAAAGGGGGGAUGAGGGUGAUCAACAUCGUCGGGUUCAGACGAGGUUACAACUUCCUGAACGAGCUGCUGGGACUCGCUAAACCUUUUGGGAAGGUGGUCAAACACCUGGUGCUGGACCUGAGACCUGAGGCGUACCUUCAGUUCGAGACAGAAGAAGAAGCACAAGCGAUGGCCAAGUUUUACAGCAAUAACAUCACGGCAUCUGUGUGCGGCCGCCCAGUCAGGAUCAGUCACUCCAUGAGCUACCCCACCAUCCAGUGCGGGUCCAGUAAGGUGGUCUACGUCGGGCAGAUCCCCACCAGUAAAUUCUCAGAUGACGCCAUCCUGAAACUGGCUGAGCCGUUCGGGAGAGUCAAGAAGUAUUUCACCAACAGGCUGAAGAGAGAGUGUUUCAUAGAGAUGGAGAACGCAGAGGAAGCAGAGAAAAUGGCCGAACACUGUAAAGGAAAUCCACCAAAGUUAAAUGGGAAACGUCUGACCGUCUACGUCAGCAGGAAGUACCGACAGCUCAAACACGGGCAUCGCUGUCUGACCACUGCCAAGAGAGAGACCAGCUGCAUGUCACCGAAACCCUCCACACACCCCGAAGAACCUCCAGCCAAGAAACCCAAAGAGGAAGAAGUGGAGGAGGAGGGAGGAGAAGAGGUCAAACUAAAGGAGGAAGAAGAGAAAGAGGAGGGGGAGAAGAAGAAAGAGGAAGAGGUGCAGAGUUCUGAUGUGAGCGGCAUCUAUGAGAAGAGAGAAGAGAAAAUAGAGAAGAUUCCUGAAGAUUGUGAUCAGAACCUGAAGAGAUGCCAGGAGGAGGUGAAACAGGAGGAGCAGCUCAAUUUCAUGGAGAUAUUGAGCACUCACAACGGACAGAUGGAAGCUCCCCCACUGGCUGACAACAAGCCCAGCGUGGCGUCUCUGCCGCUGCCGCCCUUUGACCCCGACAGCCCCAUCGGUGUUGAACAUGUGAAGAUGGGUUAUUACUGCCGUGUCUGCUUCCUGUUUUACUCCAACGAAGAGACAGCGAAGAAGACACACUGCAGCAGCCAGGCGCACUAUGACAAGCUGCAGAAAUAUCUUGAGAAGGAGCAGACCAAAGCAGAAAAGAAGAAGGGGAAGAAGACAACGGCGUGAGAACACUGAUUUCAUCCAGCACAGGAAGACGAGUGGGAUCUUUUAAAAUUUGAUUUUGAUUUUAGUUUGUUAAAAUCUGACGUAGACAAUGUGAACUGUUGCCAUGGUGACGACUCAGAUGGUGGUGAAGCGCGUCGGUCUGCGAUGUGAAUGACUAGCUGCAGCAGCCGGACUGUGAAAACAAAAUAAAUGGAAACGUUGAACAAGACUCUGGUCACCGUCCAACUCUUGCAUGUCUGUUUCCAUGGAAACGGUUUGUGUUUUUGGAUGGACGUUAGCUGUAAGCGAGCUUCAACUCAGAAUUAUUUUCAUGAAUCAUAUGGGUCCAUAAUCAUCAGAACUUUGUGAAAAAGUCUUAAAAUGACAACAAAAGAAAUGAUUGGGAAUAUUUGAGUUUUUGUUCUGUUGCUUUAAAUAUUUGAUUUAUUGAAACUUGAAACUAAACAUGUUUUGAUUUUGGACGGAUGAAGCUCAUCUGAUGAUGUAACAUUGUGUUUGGGAGAAAUGAUCAGUCAAGUAAGCGACAAACAGGUGAAUCAAGUAUUAAUAUUCAGGAAAUCAUCAAUCUGAAGCUGAAACACUGCAUUCAGUAGUCAUGAUGUUUGGGACAGACAUGUGCGUGUUGGAUUAAAGGAAUAGUUCAGCAUUUCAGGAUCCAGUCUGAAUUUAGUCUGGUUAGCCUAGGUUAGCAUAAAGACUGGAUAUAGAGGGGAAACAGCUAGCCUGGUUUUGUAUGACUGAACGAAUUUGUGGUGUCAGUCUGUCUGAAAUCCUGGAACUAUUUCAUGACAAACAGUGAUUCCAUCUGCCAAGUGACAAGAAGUGCUGGGCGGAUGGAUACAUGAGUUCCAAAACCCACAGACUGGUUUUAACAUUUGUUUCUUUUAAGUUAAAUUAAUGACCAGAUUUAAAGUUGUUUUUGUUUCUGAUGUAGUCUUCUGAUCGUCACGGAGAACAAACUGAAUGUGUUCCUUGUUUUUAUGCCUGAAUGUUUCUGUUAACGAUGUUUUCUAAAAUAAACAAGUUUCCUCAAAUAUGA